CCGGUUGAGACUGACAAAACAAAAACAAUCUGCGAUGCUUUUCUCCGUCUCCAAACUUCACAUGAACAAAUUCGUGUUUCCUGCAGACGCUCAGCAGAUGAUGCUCCUCAGAGAAGAUGCUACUGAAGAACAGAGACUUGGUGUGGACCAGCAGGACCCACAACCCCUCCUAAAGAAUGAAAAGGAGGGACUAGAUGAUGAAGAGGAGGAGACUGAUGCCACCAGGCUGCACAUCAUUGUGGUUCCUGUUAAAAGUGAGGAUGAUGAAGAGAAACUUCAUCAGCAACAAGAGGAGGAGGGAGAUCCUCCAGGCAGCAGCUCAGCUGAUCAGAUGAAAGGAGGAGGAGGAUCAGAAACUACCAGGAACCAAGAUCUGAGUCCGCAUGGAGACUGCUCCAACACUCCAGAGACCGAUGAAGGUGAUGUCAACAAUCCCGACUCGCACAGGAAAUUCAAAAAUGAAGUGAAACCGUUCAGUUGUGAUGAGUGUGGUAAAAGAUUUAUCAGAAAACCAGAUCUUAACGCGCACAUGAGAGUCCACACAGGCGAGAAACCCUUUGAAUGUGACUUUUGUGGUCAAAGAUUCACCCACAAAUCAACUUUAAACCGACACAUGAGAGUCCACACAGGGGAGAAACCGUUUGACUGUGGUCUUUGUGGACACAGGUUUAACCUCAAGUCUGAUUUAAAUCGACACAUGAGAGUUCACACGGGCCAGAAACCGUACGUCUGUGACUUUUGUGAGCGCGGUUUCAGCCUAAAGGCUAAUUUAAACUCCCACAUGAGAAUCCACACCGGACAGAAACCAUUUGUGUGUGACGUGUGUGGACACAGCUUUAGUCACAGGUCAGAUCUGAACCAGCACAUGAGAGUCCACACCGGACACAGACCCUUUGUGUGUGUUGUUUGUGAGCACAGAUUCAACCACAAAUCAACGUUAAACUCCCACAUGAGGGUCCACACGGGACAGAGGCCGUUUGUGUGUGACGUUUGUCAACAAAGAUUCAGCCUGAAGGCCAACCUGGACCGACACAUGGGCGUCCACACGGGACAGAAGCUGUUUGUGUGCGACGUUUGUGAACACAGAUUCAGUAGGAAGUCUGCUUUAAUCAGACACAUGAGCGUCCACACGGGACAGAAACCAUUUGUGUGUGAACUCUGUGGACACAGGUUUGGAAUAAAAUCUAAUUUAAAGUCACACAUGAGAACCCACACAGGACUGAAACCGUUUGUUUGUGAUGUCUGUGAGCGCAGAUUUAACAGAAAGUCUUAUUUAAUCAAACACAUGAAAACCCACAAAGGAAACAAAGCAGUUGUUUGUAACGACUCCUAAGUGACGAAGAAUCAGGAACUCAGGAGGUAAAACAGUGCAGCUGUGAAUUUUAUGAGAACUAAAGAGUCCACCUGUAGUGUAAAAGUUAUGUGCAGUGGUUUUAUUUAUAAUAAUAAUAAAUAUGUAAAAUAAUAAAAUAUGUGCAUAUGGUACUAUUUAUA